AUGCCUUUUAUCACCGAGCUCCGGCCCGUCAGGUCCAUGCAUCUCUACGAAGACAAUUCUCUUCCCUUCCGCAGCGCUUUGCUCGGCAAGGACGCGGAGCUGUUCAUUGACAUGGAGGACCCUAGGGGCAACUGCUGUGUACUCAAUCAUCUCACCCAUGCGCUUGCCGACAUUCCCGAGGUCGAAGUCUUGUAUGCAGUCAUUCGACCCUGCGUUAACGGUGAAGAGGUUCGGCAGGGACUUGGUGACGGAGCAUUUGGCCUUCUGACAGAUUUGGUCGAUCCGGAACCCUCUCCAUCCUUCGUGGCUCCCAUUCUUCAUGCUGCCGGAUUUACGCGAUCCCACCAUCUGGACCUCGUGGCCGUCGGAGACGAGCAUAUCGCGGAGGAGCUCGCGAUAGCCGUUUCCGUGGGAAGAUCCGGAGCCGUAAGUGAUUGA